GGGAGGAGUAUCUUGUGAGUGUGUUGUGAGUAACAGGUGUUCAGUAGCAGCUGCUGCUCACAAACACAGAAACACUGAUCAAUACGGAGCUGCUCUGAUCUUCCGAUACAGCAGAUAGAUGAUCGAUAAUAACCGGAAUAACCGCUGAAAGAUCGAUCCUGAUCCGUCUGAUCGGUUCCUGUUAUCCGUCUGCUCCGGGCCGCUCCAUGCAGGGGAGCGGCUGAUCCAUGGGCCGCUCUCCGGUGAGCCUGUCCAGACUGAAGCUGGGGAAGCUAAAGGUGGUUCGGCGGCAGCUGCUGCAGCGCUAUGAGCACCAGCCGUUUGUCUCGUGUCUGGCCGGCCUGUACGGCUGCCAGUGGAGACGCUACCAGCGCGCCAAAGCCCAGCCGGGGGAAUGCUGCUGCAGUCGGUUGGAGUGCACUAGUUUUGCUCUGCUCAUCGUAACGUUUUUCCUGAGCCUGAUAUUCCUGUACUUCUGGAGUGAGGCGCAGAAUGACUACAACGACUUUGACUGGUUUAACUUCGGGAACCUGGGCUUCUGGUUCCCAUGGUCGGUGGUGUUGUUGGUGCUCGCUGCGGCUCUCUUCACCUACAUCGCCCUCCUGCUGGUCCUGGCCGUGUGCCUUCUCUCUGAAGGACAGAGGCUUUACCUCCACUGGAGCCACAAGAUUGGUAUCCUGGUGACUCUCAGCUUCUCGAUCAGUGCCACAGCUGUGCUCUCUGACUUAUGGAGCAAAGAAUGGACGACGCUGCUCCUUUCUUUUCAGGUCACGGCACCCUUUCUCCACGUGGGCGGAGUUUCUCUAAUGACAUUUCUGUCCUGGCCAAUAGCCUUACACUUUUUUCGCAUGAACAAGAGAGUGAGGCAGGUGGCUCUCCUCAGCUUGUUCCUGGCGGUUCUCUUCGCUCUGUAUCUGGUGCCGCUGGGCAUGUAUUCUCCCUGCAUCAAAGAGGAGGGCACGCUGGGGCCGGCUCCCACCCUCAUCGGCCACAGAGGAGCGCCCAUGCUCGCACCAGAAAACACCCAGCUGUCCUUUGAGAAGGCUGUAGAAGCGGGAGGAGAGGGACUGGAGACGGACGUCACAAUCAGUUAUGACGGCGUCCCGUUCCUGAUGCAUGACAGCACCCUGAGGAGGACGACUAAUGUUCACCAAGUGUUUCCCAACCGGACGGACGCACCAGCGGCCAUGUUCACCUGGCCAGAGCUGGAGAUGCUCAGCGCCGGAUCCUGGUUUCUUCAGAGGGAUCCUUUCGGCACAGCCUCGUCUCUUGAUGCAGACGAGAGGGUUCAAGUCCAAAACCAGACUGUCCCCAGCCUGAAGGACUUCUUGAAUCUGGCUGCUGAGCACGAGAGGCUGGUGAUCUUUGACCUGAGACGUCCCCCUCGAGGACAUCCAUACAGAGACUCGUGGAUCACGCGCACACUGGAGGUCAUUCACAACGAGUCCUCCAUUAACUCCAGCCAGGUGUUGUGGCUUCCAGCCGAUCAGAGGAGUGUGGUGCAGGAGCUGGACCCGGAGCUGCAGCAGACGUCUGGAGAUCACGCCUCCAUCCAGGAGCUGCAGGAGGAGCACAUCGUCCGACUCAAUCUGCAUUACAGCUACAUGUCACAGGAGCAGAUCAGAAAGUAUGCCUCCGUGAACAUCAGCACUAACCUAUAUGUGAUCAGUCAGCCAUGGUUGUAUUCGCUGGCGUGGUGCGCCGGGGUUCAUUCGGUCACGACGAACGCUCUGCACAUCCUCAAGACGCUGCAUCGGCCCCUGUUCCUCAUGACUCCUGAUGAGUACAGUCUGAUGUGGAUCCUGACUGACGUAGUCUCUGCUUUCAUCAUCGCUGCUAUUUUCAUCUUCCACUGGUGGCGUGAGCGAGGUUUACCGUUCUGGUCGGGCAGCAGACAGGUGAAUGAGAACGGGCCGUACAGCAAGUUCAGGACGGAGCUGAGCGACGUCUGGUCCAUCUCCAGCAUCAGCGUCCGCGGAGAGGCUCAGAACUCGCCCAUCACUCCCAGCCUGCCCACCAUCAGCGAGGAGCCGCCCGUCUGAAGAUCUGUGGAGGAGCAAAGCCUGCAGCAUCACCGCUUCAGAGCGACGCAGACAUCAGUCUGAGCUUCAAAGCAACUGAGGAAGAUUUCUUGAUUUAAAGAUGCUUUUCAUAAACUAGUCUGGACGAGGGUCAAACUUUGGAGACACAAGUACAUGACUUUAUGAAAACUGAUAUUAAAUGAUCCUCCAUUAUUGGGCAGACAGGUGAUAUAAAGGCAAAUAUUAAAUAUAUAAAAUCCAUAAAAUAAUAAUUAUAUAUUAUUUUUAUAUUUAUAUAUAUAUAUAUAAAACCUCAUGUUUUAGGUCUGAGGAAGAGCCUCAAUCAAAACUUAAUAAAAUUACAAUAGAAGUAAUAAAAAGUAAAUAAAAUAUUAAGUAAUAAAAAAUUACACACUCAUGACAGUUUAGCACAUUUUCCCUAAAAUUGUCAUUACUCUUAGGUGUCCAGACAUAAUUUCCAUUAUUCUGUGAAACGUACUGCAACAUAAUUAUAUCUAAAAUUAAUAGAAUUUUAUAUAUGUAAUAUAUAUUUAUAUAUUUAUAAAAUUAUAUAAAUUUAUAUAGUAUAAAACCUAUAUAUAAUAUUAAUGGUCAAUUUUUUUAUUUUAUUUUAUUUUUUUACUUUUUUUAAAUCCACUAAUUAAUUGCAAUUUUUACAUUUAAUUAAAUUUUAUGGGAAAAUGUGCGAAACAUUAAACAGUAACAUCAAAUAAAAUAUUUCCAUAUUUUAUAUAUGCACAAUAUAUCACAGAAGUGAGUACACCCCUGACAUU